AUGCAGCAACCCCUGCGCCACAUUCUCUACCAGCACCUGCACCUUAAUCCGGACAACGACAAUAGACAAGUGGAGUCUGAGCCCAUUGACCUUUCUCUGGAGGCAGCUCUCAAAGGCGGGGUUUUGAAGAAUAGGCCCCUGCAAAAGCUAACCUGCACUGGCCGGUGGACCAAGUUCAAGGCAUUUGUCGCCAUCAGGGACUACAACAGCUAUGUCGGUCUGGGUGUUAAGUGCUUCAAGGAGGCAGCUGUCGCCAGACACAGGGCCAUGGUGCUGGCCUACAUUUCCAUAGAUACAGGGUGGCGAGGCCACUGGGGGAUCAAGAUUGGCAAGCCCCACAUCAUCUCUCGCAAGGUAACAGGCCUCUGCGUCUCUGUGCUGGUGUGCCUCAUUAAUACCCCCAGAAGCACUAGCAUCAUCUGGGCCCCUGGGCUCAUGAAGGUGCUGAGGUUGACCAGUAUGGACAACUGCUACACUGAGGCCAGAGGCUGUGCUGCCACCCUAGGCACUUUGUCAAGGACGCCCGCGGGCCGUGUCGCCGCCCACUGUGAGGCUAGGCUCCCGGCGCUGUCGGCGGCCGGACGGAAGGCAGGCAGACAGCUCGGCCGCCCGGCGGGUCACCGAGGAGUCGCGGCCGUCCCGCCCCCGUCAAGGCCGCGCGCCUCCUCCGCGGCUGCCUGCGCCCGCGGGCCGGCGGCCCCCUCCCUCCCCACGGCCUCCCGGGGGCGCGGCGCGCGGCGGGCCCCCUCCCUCCCCACGGCCUCCCGGGGCGCGGCGGCUCCCUCCCUCCCCACGGCCUCCCGGGGGCGCGGCGCGCGGUGGGCCCCCUCCCUCCCACGGCCUCCCGGGGGCGCGGCGCGCGGUGGGCCCCCUCCCUCCCCACGGCCUCCCGGGACGCGGCGCGCGGCGGCUCCCUCCCUCCCCACGGCCUCCCGGGACGCGGCGCGCGGCGGCUCCCUCCCUCCCCACGGCCUCCCGGGACGCGGCGCGCUGCGGGCCUGCGGCCUCGGGCUGGACGUGGGAGCCGGGACCGCGUGGCAGGGGAGCCGCAGCGUCGCCGCCCGCUCCCCGCGGGCCGGGCCGUCUGUGCAGAGCAGGGCGGCGGCGGGUGCGGCGUGGGGAGCGUGGCAUCGGUCGGCUGGAGGCGGAGAGCCGGGAGGGGCUACCGCCGCCCGGUGGACUGGAGGGAGCCCCGGCAGUGCCCAGAGAGGAUGGAAGGAAGAGCACCAAAUAGUGGGGUGUCCAGCGUGGUUGUAUACCGUCUUGGAACAAAGAGCUUUCAUCUCUCGUGACAAGAAUAUCUCCUUUACUACUGUCAGGAGAGGUUUAGCUGCCACAGCAAGUCGGUGGUCAGCAGGUCAGUGGUCACAAGGGGAGCACAGCAGAGGGAAGGAACGUCCAGAAACUCCUUCUGCUAAAAAAUUAACAGAUAUAGGAAUUAGAAGAAUCUUCUCUUCAGAGCAUGACAUUUUCUGGGAAAGUGUAAGGAAGUUUUUUCAAGAAGAAUUGAUUCCUCGUCACGCAGAUUACAGUGAUUUGCAAGGAGUAAGAACAAAUGCCAGAAAGGAUGGAAGUGACUGGCUUGUCAAUGGAAGCAAGGUGUUCAUCGCUAAUGGGUGGCUCAGUGAUGUUGUGAUCGUAGUGGCGGUCACAGAUCGUGAAGCUCGCUCUCCUGCCCAUGGCAUUAGCCUUUUUCUGGUGGAAAAUGGAAUGAAAAGAUUUAUCAAGGGAUGAAAGCUACAUAAAAUGGGACUAAAAGCCCAGUUGCAGGUCCUUCUAGUUCUGCUAUGUGGGACACCACCUCAGCAUGGCUUGAUGAGCAGUGCUAGGUCCAGGAUCCAACCCGGUGAAACCCUUGGCCGCUGAAGCAGGGCGCAUGAACUUAACCACUCAGCCACGGGGCCGGCCCCAGGAAUAAAGGCUUCUAUUACCUCAUGCAAGAGCUUCCACAGGAAAGGCUAUUGAUUGCUGAGUUGGGAAUUUCAGCCAGUGAAUUCAUGUUUGAAGAAACGAGGACCUACGUUAAACAAAGAGAAGCCUUUAGGAAAACAGUUGCACAUAUACAGAAGGAAGAUACAGCCAGCUGACCAUAGCUGGGCCUUGAACCUACAGUGCGGUGUAUUUUGGGAGGUUACUCAAGAUGGAAAACCAGUAUUUCAAAUACAAGCCAGUUUCCUGAAGGAGGUUCAAGAAUUGGUACCAAAGAGACCAGAUGUAAACCCAGAAUUCAAGGUGUGAGAGCCAAGAGUCAGGAAUGCAAGAAAAUUUGAUUGAAGUGAGAGCAGUCGAGAACAGUUGAAGAUGGUCCGGAUAGAAUGAUGUCCAAGAAUACUAUUGAUUGUCUGUGGCCAGCAGGAGGAGAUGGUGCAGCAUAAGCCAGCGGAGUUAAAAACUCAAAUUCGUGUAACCAGAGCUUUUGUGGACAGCUGUCUCCAGCUGCAUGAAGCGGGCCGUCUGGACUCAGCCGCUUCCAUGGCAAAAUACUGGUAUGCGGGCGACAGCGAUUGCAAUGUGGUGUUUGCACAGGCUGUUAGGGAAUUCUUCCAACUUUAGACUCAGGCUGGAGGGUCUCAAAGGAAGAAGCCUAUGUAAAUGAAAACUAGAAGCGAGAACCAACGUAUUUAAAAAUGCUGAAAGGUCCUAUUAAGCGUAUUUAUAAUGUGCUAAAAAUUACUCAAGUUGAUAUUUAACUUUUAGCUUGCCAUUGAAAAUAAAAUAUUAAGAGAUUGAAGUAGGAUGACUGAUUAGUUCAUUCAAGUAAUAGUUUAAUUUCAGCUUAUCUGAAGAGCAGCAGUUUAGUGAGACCAAAAAAGAACAGUAAAACUUAGAGACCUGAGAUCCUGAGAUAGAGUCCCAGUUCUUUCACUAAAUAACUGUACUCAAAUUUAAUUCUCUCUGGGCCAAGAUUUUGACAUCUGUGAAAUGAGUGGAUUGGAUUGGAUUUUUAUAUUGUGGUGUUUUCCAGAUCUAAGAAAAAUUUCUAAAGAAGUGGCUGUCCCAUAAAAAUUGCACACACUCUACUAGGUAAAAAGGAAAAAUGUCCUAUUAACUUUAGAAAGGCUUUCAUUUGCAUUAAAGAUGAUUAGCAAUGUUAUUAAAGAUGAGUUAAUUGAAAAAAGACCCCUAUAAGGCUUUUGUGUAUUUUAAGAUACAAGAGCAUAGUUUAAAUCAGAUUCGGGAAGUGGGUUUGGUUUCCUCUGUUUUACAAAAAACAAACAUUCUUACAUCUCAUUAACCCAAAAAUAACCUAGAAAAAAUUCCUGUCAUUAUUCAUUAACUUGCAUUCAGUUCAGUCAGAGGUAGAACAGGGAAAUAUGCAGAAGAGUGCUUUAUGUAAUGAUUCCAAGAUAAUAAAAUUGUGGGGAUGAAAUUGGUGUGGAAUUACUAGGAACUUAGACUUUUGAGGAAAGCAUUUUACAUUUACCUUUAUAGCAAGUUCUUUGACUAGUUGGAAAAAGUGUAAAAAUAUUUUAGAUAAGAUAUUUUUGGAAGAAUAGAUAUUUGGACAGCUUUUGACCUCAUUCUUCUUUGAAAACACUGGGUUUAUAGACAUGCUGAUAUUUCACAUUGAAGCAGAGGAAGCGACUAGUUAUGGCCCAGUAAAUAUUUCACUAAAAUACUUACCAAACACAAAAAUUUAUAGAAUUCCAACUAUUGUUGCCCCCAAGUCUUGUCUGUUAAUCAUUAUAUUGUUACUGUAUUCUUAGGGAUAUCCUCACCUGUCCUCUGGCUUAAGUUAAAAAUGAUUUUAAAUAGGAAAAUGUGUCUAUGCUUUCCUUUGCUUUAUGUUUUCCACUAUUGAAAAAUAAGUUGAAAAGAAUUUUGAGCUAAAUUCUAUUUUUAUCUUAAGUUGAAUACAAUCUCUACCAGUUAUCAUAUGGAUUUUAAAGAUAAUUAAGAUUGUUGUGAUAAGAUCAGAAAAGAGUAUUUCUCAAGUAUUGCAUAUUAAUACACAUAUACUUCAGGAGUAAUAAUUCCUAAAUCACCUUUAAUAAGUUUACUCUAUGAUGGCAUGUACUUUAAGAAUAGUCUUCCUUCUUAGGUUUUCCUUUUUUCUUUCAGUUUAUUUCUGAAAACCUUAAAAAACUUUUUCACAGUUACUGAAAUUCAGAAUUGCAACCUUCAAGUAGGAAGAGACAUCUUGGAAGGAGAAAAAGACAUAUUACAAAGGCAAAAGGAAAUAGGUGGCUGUAAAAUUAUACAGUUAACUUAGAUCAUAUAGAGAAUCUAAAUAAGUUAGACCAAAUUCAAAUUUUUACUAUAUCCUUUUCAGGCCUAAAGUAGCCAAAACUUAAUAAUCUAAACUUUCUACAUUUUGUUUCCAGCCUCAACAAGAACCCAGCCAGAAAUAUAGUUGAUGAGGAAAGUAUUCAUUGUGUGAAAACUCUCCUGAGAUUUAUUUCGGAGGGGAUUUAUCAUCUAUAUCUCAUGCAGUGCCAAGUGCUCAAGAAACGAUGAAUAAUAAUAACGCUCAAAAGAACUGACUGGUCCAACACAGCAAGAAAGCCACACUGUCCCUAAUUAGGAUUCCACUGUAUGGACGGACCACAGUUUGUCUGUUGUUCACCUACUUAAGGACAUUUUGGUUGCGGAGAUUAAAUACCCAGAGAGGAGCUGAUGAGUCAUAAAGGAACCAGAAGUGGAGACACAAUUAGAAGUGCAAGACGUUUGCUGAGAGGUAACACCAGUGAAAGAUGAAAAGGGAAAGAAGUCAUAUUGGGCAGGGAGAAAAGAGCCUGAGGCCCUGAAGCAGAUCUGACAAAGCCUUGCCCAAUCCAUUCCAAUGAGGAGCCCUGGAGGCAAGACUGUCUGUUAGAGGAGUCCUGCAUUUGGCAGAAAUGGCCAGCCCCAAUUUCCUCUGCCCUGCUCAGUCAUUGUCCAAGCCUGCUUGGGAAGAGGUUGGCCUCAGCUCAGAAGCUCAUGUGAGUCCUGAAGGUGCUAAGAACUGGAGGCUCAGUUAACUGUGCUCCUUACAACAAAGCGGCAAGUUCUUUCUUGAAGAGAGAUCUGGGAGUUGGCACCUCUGUGGCUGCCACACCUUGAAAGAGAAUGUGUAAAUAAAAGGCAGAAUAAAUUUUUGAUUUUUUUUCCUUUUAUCAAUUUUUAGAGUAAUGAGUGGGUGCCCUAAGAACCUCCCAUGAUAAUGAUUUUUUUAAGUAUCAAUAAGAACUCAUGGAUUUUGGAAAUGUU